AUGGACGUUGUAGCUUCUGCUCAAGCUGCCGCAGCGCUAGCUGGCAUGUUUCUCGAAAUUGUGCAGGUUACGAAACAUGCUAUCGAAACGAUGAAAGGAGCACGAACCGCUCUAGUGGAAAUGUUCACUCGCGCAGAACGCAUCCGUCUAAACCUGGAGCUCUUCCGCGCGCUCACUAACCGACUUUCUGACCCUACGGAGAAAAAUACUGCCCUUUCAUUUAAUGAGAGUGCAUAUAGGCAGACUGCCAGCGAGGUGCUCGAGCUGGUGCGCAAGGUUGCUGAUUCGGCCAAACAUCACGACUUCGUUAUGAAAGUCAACUGGUUGUUCUACAGAUCAGAUGUGGCCGCGCUUGUGAAGAAAUUAGAGGAGAGAGAGAGGGAUCUGGGACUCGUAUUAACUUUCAUUGCUGCAGUCGAGGAGCGCACGAAGGUCAGCGAUACCUUUAGUAAUGUUCUUCAGGGGGAAGGCACCCAGAUUGCAUUAGAUAGUAGAAAUAGCGACGACGAACAAGUGUUAUCUGAAGAGCUGAGGCCAAUGGCUGGGUGGACCAACAUCGUCACAGCCCCUCCUCAAACGCCGCCUACUCUGUGGCCUGGAGUUCUGAUCAGGGAGUCCUUUACUCCAGCCUAUCUCGAAAAACGAGAUAAACUAGCUGAAGCAUCAUACUUGGGCGACUGGGCGACUGUGUUGAAAACCGUCGAUGAAGGGAAGAAGAUCUUCAAUGAGUCAUGGCCCAAUACCGUUCGGCUUCGUAUGUACCGCGAGCUAUCGAAGUCUAUACGAAAUAAACUCACUAAUUCACAGAACCAACCAAGAAUUAUCUUGGACUGUCUCUCUGGACCCCGCUCCAUCAAGCUGCCUAUAUGCGAGCUCCUGUUGGCGUUAUCUCACAGCUGGUUGGACAUGGAGCCUUUCGUACGAAUAUUCCGUCUAUUUUUUCGAGACCAAUGA